CGCCUGGGGGCCCGAUGCCUGUCGCCCCCAAACCGCCUGGGGGCCCGAAUGCCUGUCGCCCCGCCUGGGGGUCCGAUGCCUGUCGCCCCGCCUGGGGGCCUGAGGCCUGUCGCUCCAUCUGGGGGUCCGGCACCCGCCGCUCCCGCCCGCCGCGAGGGCCCGAGACCUUGUAGUUCCGCCCUGGGGCCCGAUGCCUGUCGCCCCGCCCGGGGGGGCCCGAUGCCCUGUCGCCCCCGCCCGGGGGCCCGGUGCCUGUCGCCCCGCCCCGGGGGCCCGGUGCCUGCCGCUCCGCCCGGGGGCCCGGUGCCUGCCGCUCCGCCCGGGGGGCCCGCUGCCUGCCGCUCUCGCCCGUAGCCCGAUCCCGAUGUGCCUCUGCCGGAGUCCAGCCCGAUGUGCCUCUGCCCGGAGUCCAGCCCGAUGUGCCUCUGCCCGGAGUCCUGCCCGAUGUGCCUCUGCCCGGAGUCC